AUGUGGAUUGAGAAUGUUCCUUGCAAUCUUAUCGCCAGCAUUGCAGGAAUUCAUAGAUCUUCGGUCUUUGAAAUCUGCAAUAAUCUACGAUUACUAGGUGGAUUAGACUUAUAUUUAAAUAAGUUUGAUAAAAUUGGUGGAAAUAAUGCGAUAGUUGAAAUUGACGAAAGUAAAUUUGGCAGGAGAAAAUACAACAGAGGCCACAGAGUAGAAGGCGUUUGGGUUGUGGGCGCCGUCGAAAGAAUUGACAAAAGAAUCGUGCUAAGACACGUAGAAAAAAUAGACAGCUUUACUUUAACGACGUUUUGUAAAAAAUACAUUAAAAAAGAAACGACUAUUUAUAGUGAUUGCUGGAAAGGCUAUUCAAAUCUUUCCAAAGAAUUUUUAAAAAUCAAACUGUAA